AUGGUUCCAACCAAGAGGGCAAUUCUCAUUAUCGGUGCCACGGGCAGCCAGGGUGGCGCUCUAAUCAGAGCGUUGCUCGACGCAGGCGCCACGGACACUCAUGAGCUCCUUGCUGUCACUCGGAACCCCUCGACGGGAUCAGCAAAGUCCCUUCAGGAACGCGGCGUCAAAAUUGUGAAGGGCGAUCUCAAUGAUGUUCCUGGAAUAUUCUCAACCGCCAAGAGCCUGCUUGGAAAAGAUGCCCCCGAUAUCUGGGGCGUCUACAGUGUUCAAAAUCCAAUGACUAGUUCCAUUGACGCGGAGAUCACUCAAGGCAAAGCGAUGGUCGAUGGUGCCCUAGCCAACCGUGUCAAAUUCUUUGUCUAUUCCUCUGUCGACCGUGGCGGGGAGGACAAAUCGUACGAGACCAAGUCAAACAUCCCCCACUUCAUUAGCAAGCACGACAUUGAGCACCAUCUUGUCGAGCAAUCAAAGGGCAAAAUGGAAUGGACCAUUCUCCGGCCCUGCACGUUCAUGGACACGCUUGUACCCGGCUUUCUCGGCAAGGUAAUGGCCACCAGCUGGAAGAUGGUCGUGAAAGAUAAGCCUUUGCAGCUGAUAUCUUCUACUGAUAUUGGGUGGUUUGGCGCUCAAGCCUUCCUUAACCCUACAGAGUACUCAGGUCGCGACAUCUCCUUGGCGGGUGAUUCAUUGACAUUUGAGGAAGCCAAUACCAUUUUCAACGAGAAGGUUGGGAAAGACAUACCACGAAUGCUUGAAUUUGUCGACAGAGGGAUUUUGUGGGCUUCACAGGAGCUUGGAACGAUGUUCCAGUGGUUCAAUGACGAAGGAUGCGGGGCAGAUAUUGAGGCACUUAGGAGAAAGCAUCCUAAGCUGAAAAAAUUCGGAGAUUGGUUGGAGACAGAAAGCCAGUGGGUAGAGCGCAAGUAA